UUGCGCAGUGCCCGUUGAACGCGCUUACAGUUGAGAUUUGUAAGUUUGCUUUAAACUCUUAUACGUGAAAGACGUGCGCCUGCGUCUGUUGGAAACAAAUCUUUGAUAGAAACGAAAUUUGAAAGCAAAGGCGUGCAACGGUUUUUUGUCUUGUCUUUAAAGAUUUGGUUUUCUGUUUUGUUCAGAGUGUGCAAGUUUUAUUAUUUUUUUUUUUGGUUUUUUAUUUUUAUUGCGCUGUGAAGUGAAAAGCAUUCAAAUUUUGUGCAUAUUUUAUGAAGUUUGUAGAUAAAUUGUAUAUUUAUUUAAAUUGCUUGCUCGGCUCGGCUUGUAACUUGGACAGUUUUUUGUGCAAUUUAGCUAAACGGCAAAGCAAAAAUAUGCAGCAACAUUAAUAACAACGACGUAUGAACAAACAGCCGUAACAACAAAUAAAACGCCAAGGAAGAGUUGGACGUGCUUGAAUAUUUCUUUAGAAGAAUGUCUGCUGCUACCACCCACAUGGCGCUGCCGGCGCAGGCAGUGAGCUCUGCUGCUGCGGCGCUGGGGAAGCGCGGCCACAAGCGCUCGGUGUCGCUGGAGAACAACGCGCCGCUGGCGUUGCGGAGUACGCCGAGCUUGAGCAGCAUGGGCAUGGGAUCGCCGCUGCUGCAGCUGGCGGGUGGCGCUGCCCAUGGAGCGCUGCACACGGGCACGCUGAAGUCGCGUCAAGAGCAGCGGCGGCUGAGCCAGAAGUUUGGCAGUCAUAGCAAUCUGGAUGAUGCGCUGACGGCGCCGCAGAUGCGCAGCAAGUUUCACAAUAUACGGCAAAUGUUUGAGCUGAGUCGCAGCUGCGCUGCCGGCGAAUUGAGCGAGAGCAAGAGCGGCGAGGAGCAAUCGCUGCAAUCGCUGCCGGCGCUGCUGGUGCGACGCACUACGCCCAUCGCCGCGGGCAGUCGUUUGGCAAUUAGCGAGCAGCAGCAACAGCAGCAGGGUGAGCCAUUGGAGCAGCAAAACUUUUUGCGUCCGAUUGCCUUCAAGCCCAUUCCCUUUGAACCAGACUAUCGCAUUGCCAGCCAGCAGCAACAGCAGCAGCAGCAACAUACACAACAGCAACAACAACAACAACAGUUGCAACAACAACAGCAGCACCAGCACCAGCAGCAGCAGCAACCAGCGCUGGCGGCAGAGCGUUAUGGCUAUGGCUCGACACCUUCAUUGGUGCCGUUAGUCACGCCAGCAACACAAAAGUUUGGCAGCACCACCGAUCUGCGUCACUUGGCGGCGCGUCGACGCGGGCAGCGAAUUGUGCAGCGCCACAGCAAUGAGGAUCACUUGGCGCUGGGUCUGGAGUACCUGAAUGGUCAUGAUAGACCCGAUGGCGCUAGCAGUAAGAACAGCGCUGGCGCUGCUGCUGGCAGUGAUCUGACGCCGUCGCCCUCGGACUCGGGCAUAUCAGAGCUGGAGGCGGCGCUCAAGGAUCGCGACUCGGAGCUGUCGUAUCUGCGACAGGCCAUGGAACACAAUGAGAAAGUAAUUUUCACAGUCCAAAAGGACAAGGAGGUCUACUGGGAGCAUGAGACACAGCGCCUGAAGCUCUACUACGAGGCGCAGCAGCGCGAGUAUCAGCUGAAGUUUAAGAAAAUGGAGCAGCUGCUGGCGCUGCAGCAAUUUCAGCUGAAGCAGCACAAGCUGCGCCAGAGCGAGCAGCUACAGAAGCUGCAGCAGCAGCUCGACCAGGUCAAGUGCAGCAAUCAGAGCCUUAAGCAUCACGAGCAGCAGCUACAGUGCUCCGCCGUCGGCUUGAAUCAGCAGCUGGAGCAGGCGCAGCAGACGGUCGCAUCGCUCAGGACUCAACUGGAGGACAGCGAGUGGAAAGUGUGCGAGCGCAAUGGCGAGAUAGCUUUACUCAAGACGCAGCUCAAGGAGGCGCAUGUGGAACUCAAUAUGAAGGAUCACGCUAUACUCAGUCUGCGGCACAGCAAUAACAACAACAACAACAACAAUAAUAAUAAUAACAACAACAACUGCAAGAGCAACACAUGCCAAAGUCAACCAAAGCAGCAGACAACUGAGAGCAAGCAGCAGCAGCAGCAGCAGCAGCAGCAAGUGGAUGCACACUUGGGGCAACAGCAGCAGCUGCAUAAGAUUCUAGCGCUGAAGGAUCAGGUGAUAGGUGCGCUGACCAAUGAGCUGGCCAAGCUGCGCAAGGAGCUCUCGGAUCUGGCCAUUGCACACGAGUAUGGCGAGGAGCCUUGUGGCCGCUAUACGCGACUCAAGCAGCAGCUGGACAAUCUCAAUGAGAUUUGCCAAAAGACGCACAAGUAUGCGCAGGAGUCGGCGGCGCCGCAGCAGCUGGACGCAAUCAUAGAGCGACUGCAGCUGAAUCAGAGUCAGCCGGCGGGACAAGCGCUGGACACGCUGAUUGAGGAGUCGACCAAUUAUGCUGAGGAUAUUGCCAAUUUGCGACAGAAGCUCGAUGACUUUCGCCUCAAUCUGGAGCUGGAGAAGCGUCAGUGGAGCGCUGAGAAGGACAAAGUGCUCAGCUAUCAGAAGCAGCUGCAAUCCCACUAUAUACACAUGUAUCAAAAGCUGCGCUGCCUGGAUGCAACAACAGCUGCAGCUGGAGUUGGAGCUGGAGCAGCUGCCAGCGUGGAGCCAACAGAGCAAACUAAACUUAGUCUGAGUUAAGUUUAAACUUAAUCCUCUGCUGCCCAGUCGUUCGUUUUUAAC